CCCAAUAAAGUUUGUUACACAGUUCGAACCUAUUCCUCACUAAGCGCGUUUAUGGCAGAGGAAGGAUCUGCUUCCACACGAGAAAUCGAGGAAGAAGCGGCAGAGAUCGCGACCCCCGCCGCCUAAUCUCUGAUCGAUCGCGAUGGGGAAAGGCCCCUUAUCGUUUCGCCGCCUCUCGAGCAUCCGCCGCCGGAAGAAAGGUUCGUCGGUGAAGGAUGAUCCCAAUCAGUCGUCUAAUCCUUCGUCUCCGCCGCCUCCUUCGCCGAUCAACGCGGGAGGAUCGGUCGCGGCAGGUACGACGGGGAAGGCGAAGAAGAAAGCCGGAGGAGCGAGGCUGUGGAUGAGGUUCGAUCGCACCGGCGCGAUGGAAGUGGUGGAAUGCGAUAAGAGCACAAUCAUCAAACGCUCUUCGGUUCCCGCUAGGGAUUUGAGGAUUCUCGGCCCUGUCUUCUCCCACUCCUCCAACAUUCUCGCGAGGGAGAAAGCUAUUGUUGUUAACUUAGAGGUUAUAAAGGCGAUAGUUACUGCUGAAGAAGUGCUUCUCUUGGACCCUCUCCGUCCUGAGGUUCUACCGUUUAUUGACCGGCUUAAGCAACAGUUUCCUCAGACGAACGCACUGGAAGCUACUCCAAAUGUGCAGUCUUUUGAUCCGGAAGCUGGAGAGGGUUUGCAGAGUGAGCUUCCAUUUGAGUUUCAGGUCCUUGAGAUGGCUCUGGAGGUUGUCUGCUCAAUUGUUGACACCAGUGUGGCAUCACUCGAGACGGAUGCGUGGCCUGUUCUUGAUGAACUCACCAAGAAUGUCAGUACUGAGAAUCUUGAAUAUGUGCGAAGCUUGAAGAGUAAUCUCACCCGCUUACUAGCCCGUGUUCAAAAGGUGAGAGAUGAACUUGAACAUUUGUUAGAUGACAAUGAAGACAUGGCAGACUUGUACUUGACAAGGAAAUGGAACCAGAACCAGCAAGCGGAGGCACUACUCGAGGGGACAGUAUCCGUUGCCCCACCACAUAACUCAUCGAAUCUUUACCGGCUCACAUCAAACAGAAGCGCGAGCAUGGUGACGAGCAAUAUGGAUGAAGACGAUGUGGAGGAUCUGGAGAUGUUGCUGGAGGCAUACUUCAUGCAACUUGACGGGAUGCGGAACAAGAUUCUUACCGUGAGGGAAUACAUUGACGACACGGAAGAUUACGUGAACAUACAGCUGGACAAUCAACGUAACCAGCUGAUCCAGCUGCAGCUGAUUCUGACCAUGGCCUCGUUUGCAAUAACUGCAGAGACGUUACUGGCCAGCUUGUUCGGGAUGAACAUACCGUGUCCGUUGUAUAACAUCCACGGCAUCUUCUGGUACUUCGUGUGGAGUAUCACUGCGUUUUGCUUUGUGCUCUUCAUGGUCGUUCUUGGUUACGCCAGGUGGAAGAAGCUGCUUGGCUCAUAAACUCUCUUUCUCUGUGGACACUUGUAUGUAAUAAAACCCCAUAUAAGACAUGCUUUUUAGUGAUUAAUAAAAGUUUAAUUUGGCUAGA